AUGGCUACUGUCAACAUUCGUCGGGAUGUCUCCGAUCCCUUCUACCGCUACAAGAUGGAGCGCCUGCAGUCGAAGAUCGAGGGCAAGGGCAACGGUAUCAAGACCGUCGUCGUCAACUUGAACUCGGUCGCUCAGUCUCUGGCUCGGCCUCCUGCUUAUGUCAUCAAGUACUUCGGCUUCGAGCUCGGUGCUCAGGCCAACGCUAAGCCGACCGAUGACCGCUGGAUCAUCAACGGUGCUCAUGAUGCCCCCAAGCUUCAGGACUAUCUCGAUGGCUUCAUCUCCAAGUUCGUGCUCUGCAAGAAGUGCAAGAAUCCGGAAACGGACGUCAACAUCAAGGACGAAAAGAUCUUCUUGGACUGCAAGGCCUGUGGUCAACGUUCCGAGGUCGACUCUCGUCUCAAGCUGAGCACCUUCAUCCUGCGUGAUGUCGCCUCGGGCAAGGGAGGAAAGAAGGACAAGGCUUCGAAGAAGGAUCGCCGCGACCGUAAGAAGAACAAGGCAGCCAACGGUGACAGCAAUGGCAGCCCCGGUGACAGCAACUCCGACAACGGCGAUGAGGAGAGCCCCGAUGCCGCCCUGGAAGCAGGAAGCGACGACGAGCUCACCCGCCGCAUCAAGGCUCAGGCCCAGAACAUUGAGGCCGAAGAUGAGAUUGAUGACGAUGACUGGGCGGUCGACGUCUCUGAGGAGGCCGUCAAGGCUCGCGCCAAGGAGCUUCCCGAUGAUCUCAAGCGCACCCUCGUUUUGGAGGAUGCCGACGAGGACGGUGCCGAUGGCCCGUCCGCCUACGAUGAGCUUGGUAGCUGGAUCAUCGACGCUGCCGCUCAGAAGGGUGGCGUCACUGGUGUCAGCGAUGUCGACAUCUACAUGAAGGCCAAGGAGUAUGGCAUCGAGAGCAAGCACAAGACUCUGGCUGUUCUCGCCCAAACCAUCUUCGACGACAAGAUCGUCAAGCAGAUCCCCGCUCGUGCCGGUCUUCUCAAGAAGAUGAUCACGUCCGAGCGUCACGAGAAGGCUUUCCUGGGUGGAACCGAGCGCUUCGUAGGCAAGGACCGCCCCGAGCUGAUCGGGCAGAUUCCUGCCAUUCUGCUCAAGUACUACGAGCACGACCUCAUUUCUGAGGACACCCUCAAGGCUUGGGGUUCCAAGGCUAGCAAGAAGUACGUCGACAUCUCGACCAGCAAGAAGGUCCGCAAGGCCGCUGAGCCCUUCCUCGAGUGGCUUGAAAAUGCCGAGAGCGAGGAGGAGAGCGAGGAGGAAGACGAUGAGUAA